AUGGCAUCACACGAGAACUUCAACAUAAGCAACACCAGCGUCGACCGUCAGUCGAUAAACAACAUUGCCGCAGAUACGCUGUUGUCCAUCCAUAUCAACGGCCGCCAGACCAUCAUGGCCGACCCCUUCAGCGAUUGGCUGCCGGCCAGAUACUCCACCCCGGCGCCCUCCACCCAGCCAUCAAGAGCCACCACGCCCAACGCGCCCCGACGACGCGGCAGGCAGCGGGCGGACUCGCGCUUCCAGGAGGAGUUCGAGGCCAACUCGUUCGCGCCACCGCACCCGCGGUUCCUCGACCAGGACCAGGAGCACCAGCACAGCAACAGCUCGUCCACGACGCUGGUUGGCUCCUAUCUCGAGGACGCCCCUGCCGCCUCUGCCCCUACCUCUGCCCCUGCCUAUGCCACUGCCCCUGCCUAUGCCACUGCCCCUUCCCGUGCCGCUUACCCCUUCCUUGCUGCCACUACAACACCCACGUCAUCGUCGCCGAGGGCUAAUAGAGUCCGGUCGCUGGCGUCGGCAUCGGUAUCGCGGGAGACGUUCACGUCGUCGUACUCGUCGACGUCAGCGAUGUUCGCAGCAGCGCGCCCCCUCCCACCUGUGCCGCUACCCUUUUCGUCGCCAUCACCAGCCCCAACAGCCUGGCAGCCCACCCCGGCGCCCCGCCCACCGCCCCCCGAGUGCGUGGGCGUCCAAUCCCAAUCCCGAUCCCGCUCCAGGGGCAGGGCGGGAUUGGAGGUCCACGACACCGACAGGGGCCGCGGCCGCCGGCAGCGCGACGGCUCGCCCACGUUCCACCGCAGGACGUCGGACGAGAUCGAGCUGACGCGGUGCCGCGGCCCGGACGCCGGCCAGAUGUGGGUCUUCAAGCAGAAGCCCGGCAUCUUCCGCACCACGAAGGUGUCGUGGACGCGGAGAGAAACCUAUGUCGUCGACGGCUUCCUCGUCUCGAACGGAAACCCAAACGCAAACGCGAGCUCGAGCGCGAGAGAGAAUGCGGACGUGGAGGCGGACGAGGGGUCCCGCGGCCGCAAGCGCAAGCGAGACGGCAGCAUCGAAUCGACGAUGCUGGCGUCGCCCGCAUCACGCAACAUAAUCAAGCGUGCGUACAAGCGCUGUAAGCGCGGCAUCAGGACCUUCUUGCGGUUGCCGUGGGGGGACAGGACCGCAAGAGAGAGACGCGACGUUGGCGAUGACAGAGGCGGGGGCGGCGGCGAGCAGGGGGAGCGCGGGCAUGAUGACUCGGGCGUCGCGAUGGCCGCUGCCGUAGCUGGGGUGGAGCAGGCGGAGGAGGAGGAUGCCGAGGGCGAGUUCGAGGCCGUGCUGGCGGUGCAUGCGAUGCCGACGGCGCGGGCUGCCGAGGAGGAGGGUCGGGGAGAGGAGCCUCGAGACGGACAGGAUAGCGCCGCGGCGGCGAGCGGCCAGGCUACUCCCAGCGGCAAUGCCAUAUCUGAGGAUGAGUUGCCGCCCUUGUUGAGAGGGCUUCCAUCGGGACAAUGGUUCAGCGGUCGAAUCUGA